CACGACCACCACCCAUUGACCUCCCAGCGCGCCUGCAAUCCACCUUUCAAACACAGCAGCAAUGGCACCCAAGCCAAAUCUCACGGGCUUUGACCCGGCAAAGUUCGCCGCAGCUGCCGGGCAGCCAAAGAACGACCCGUGGGCACGAGCUGAGGCAUGGAGAUAUACUGGACCUUUCACACGAGGGAACCGCUUCAAGGGCUCAUUUCCUGGCCUCGGAAUCGCGACAGUAGCAUUUGCAGGCUAUCUGGUAUACGAGCAGAUGUUCAUGACAACAUCACGCGGGCAUGGCGAUGGACACGGAGAAGGACACCACUAAAGAGGGCAAUGCGAGGAUAUUCGGCAAAUGUAUAGUGCUUCGCUGCAUGGAACUGGCGUUCAAUCGGGUGGAGUGACUUCCACGACAACAUAGGAAGAUGUGUUCAUGGGGAAGAGCAGGCUGCGAGGCGCAACGAGUGGCACUGGGCACGACAAGCAGGCCCGUAAACUGGCGCUCGAAUGCAUAAGAUUCUGCUGCGACAGCUACAUCAGAUUCAAAGCACCGCACAUAGCCCACGAACAACCCGUCCGAACGCCAAAUGCUAAGUGGACACUUCCCACAUGACAGCAUCUGUCGAGCUGCGCAACCAACUAUCAGUAGGUGAAAGACUUUGUGAACACUAAC